AUUACUGUUCUCAUUAGUUACCACUAUAUUAGUGCUGUUGGCGACGCGGAUCUCAUCUAAGCGAUGGAGGAGAGGCUCGUGAGAGAUUGAGAAAGAAGAGAGCAGCAGUGAGAAAGAGAGAGAGAUAGAGAAGGAACGCCGGCUAGUCUCUUGUGUCCUCUGCUAUGUUGUUCUCGCCGUUUAAUUAGCGUGGAAGAAAGAGGGUCACGACGAUAUUUGGAGGAGGGUUCGAAGAACCGGGGAUGGUGAUGGAGGAAUGCGGAGCUCCUGAGAUCUAAAGCUGGGAUUUUUCUUGUCCUCCCUCCCGUUCCCAUGAUAAAGAUUCCUCCUUGAAUCUACUCAUGCCGUUGGUUUUGCGUUCCCGUGAGAUCUGAACCAACGUUGGCGACGCGAUCUUGCGCACUUUACUGAACCCGAACUGAGUUGGGGCAGGGAAGAAGACGAUGUCGAGACCGCUCUACCGUGGUUUUUCCAGUGGCGGAAGGGGCAGUGGCUGCGCCGGCCUUGACUCGUUUGAUGUGAGCUAUCAAACAAAGGAAUUGGGGGAGAAUGGGUUCGGCUACGAGCUCAUGAACCCUGCUGGGAUAAAUCGAGCCCGGCAAAACCUCAUUUUUACCAUCCUAAAGCUGGGUCUAGUCGUCUUUAUCGUACUUGCGCUGUCCGGCUCCCUUUAUUGGGCCAUCUCCAUCUCCACCUCCUCUCCAAGCAGCAUCUACCAUGGCUUCCGGCGUCUCCAGGAACAGGUUGUCUCUGAUCUCACGGAGAUCGGGGAGCUGUCACUUGGAAUUUCACGGUUGAAGGAGUUGGAAUUCUGCCCGCCUGAGUAUGAGAAUUAUGCACCUUGUUAUAACAAUGUCUCGGAGAACUUUGAUUUGGCAGAUCCCUCGGUGCCGAUUGAGUAUGAGCGAAAAUGUGUACCUGACACCGAGAUGCAUUGUUUAAUUCUUCCUCCAAGGAACUAUAGAAUACCAUUGAGGUGGCCAAGCGGGAGGGACUUCAUCUGGAAGGAGAAUGUCAAGAUCACUGGGCAAGAGUUCUCCUCUGGGAGCUUAACCAAAAGAAUGAUGGUAGAGGAAGAGCAGAUCUCUUUCCGGUCUGGUUCCCUCAUGGUUGACGGUGUAGAAGAUUAUACACAUCAAAUAGCAGAGAUGAUUGGGUUGCGGAAUGAAUCUAAUUUCAUUGAGGCUGGGGUAAGAACUGUCCUGGACAUAGGGUGCGGUUUUGGCAGCUUUGGAGCACAUCUCUUCUCAAAGCAGCUCUUGACCAUGUGCAUUGCAACUUAUGAGGUAUCGGGUAGUCAAGUUCAACUCACCCUUGAGAGAGGCAUUCCUGCCAUGAUUGGUUCAUUUUCAUCAAGACAGUUGCCAUAUCCAUACCUUUCUUUUGAUAUGUUACACUGUGCAAGAUGUGGAAUUGAGUGGGAGAAAAACGAUGGCAUUUUCUUAGUCGAAGUUGACAGACUUUUGAGACCUGGGGGUUAUUUUGUCUGGACUUCACAAAUAAAUACUCAUAGAUCUCUGCGUGAUAAAGAAAAUCAAAAGAAGUGGUCAAUAAUUCACGAAUUUGCUGAAAGCCUUUGCUGGGAUAUGUUGUCACAGCAAGAUGAAACAAUUGUCUGGAAGAAGACCAGCAGAAGGAAAUGUUACAGUUCUAGGAAGGCUGGACCUGCAGUUUGUGGUAAAAGCCUUGAUGUUGAAUCUCCAUAUUACCAACCACUGAAUCCCUGCAUAGCAGGGAUGAGAAGUCCACGGUGGAUUCCCAUCGAGCAUCGUACACCCUGGCCUUCUCGAGCUAGACUGAAUUCAACUGAACUUGAUAUAUAUGGUGUACACCCUGAGGACUUUGCUGAGGAUGCUGCAAGUUGGAGUUCAGCGAUUCAAAGUUAUUGGUCACUUCUUUCGCCUCUUAUAUUCUCAGAUCAUCCUAAGAGACCCGGUGAUGAGGACCCCUCUCCACCCUUUAACAUGCUCAGAAAUGUCCUUGACAUGAAUGCUCAUUUUGGUGGCUUUAAUGCUGCUUUGUUGGAUGCUGGGAAAUCUGUGUGGGUGAUGAAUGUUGUGCCAGCAAAUGGCCCCAACUAUCUCCCUUUGAUUUUUGACAGGGGGUUUAUUGGUGUUCAGCAUGAUUGGUGUGAAGCAUUUCCAGCAUAUCCAAGAACUUAUGAUAUGGUGCAUGCUGAAGGUUUGCUAUCUCUCGAGACUCAUCAAAAGCAUAGGUGUUCAAUUCUCGACAUAUUCUUAGAGAUCGAUCGCAUUCUGCGACCUGAGGGUUGGAUAAUGAUUCGCGAUACGGCACAUCUUGUUGAAACUGCAAGAACUGUGAUAACACAGCUGCGAUGGGAUGCCCGCUUGAUGGAGCUCGACAGUAGCAGCGACGAGAAGCUCCUCGUUUGUCAGAAGCCAUUCUUUAGGAAACAGCAGUAACUCAUACGAUCACAACGUUUUAAACUGAUUUAUUAUUUGUAGAUGGUGGUUUCCAUAAGAUCCUAUCAUGGAAAGGUAAAAGAUCAAAGCAAAGAUUCUUCAACCAAUGUUAUGUCGUACUCCUGUGGAACCGCAAGGUUGCGUGGGCAAUGUAAUUACCCAAUAAAUCUACAUCAGAUCAGAUAGCAUGUGGUAGCCCAAGAUGGCAGUGUUCUUUAUAAAGCUAUGAAGAGAAGACUAAAAAGUUCUUUUGCCAGAGAGCAUAUAUAUGUUUCAAAGCAGAGCAUGACUGAGAUAUUAUUCUUUUUUCUCUCAUAAGAUUUUUGUUUGAAGCAUCACCUCGUCUUCUAUUUGUACAUCACAUAUAACUCCAUGGUUACUGCUUGGUAUUGAGAGGACAGAAGAAAAGAAAAGAACACAAUGCAUUCUUUCAU